CCCGUAGUGGGGCGGGUCCUGCUGGGAUAAGACCCACUGCCCCGCCCCGACGAGGGUGUGAUCUCCGCGGCCUCCGAGGACGAGCGCAACCCGGUUCGGCACCGAGCGAGGAAUUCCUGCUUGGGUGACUGAACUCUGAUCUUGACAUAGAGUCAUGGCCAUGGCAAGCAAAGGUGGCACCAUCAAAGCUGCAUCAGGAUUCAAUGCCGCUGAAGAUGCCGCGAGCCUGAGGAAGGCCAUGAAAGGGCUGGGCACUGAUGAGGAUGGCAUUAUUAAUAUCCUGGCCUAUCGCAACACCGCCCAGCGCCAGGAAAUCAGGACGGCCUACAAGUCCACCAUCGGCAGGGACCUGAUAGACGACUUGAAGUCAGAACUGAGUGGCGACUUUGAGCAGGUGAUCGUGGGGAUGAUGACGCCCACUGUGCUGUAUGACGUGCAGGAGCUGAGGCGGGCCAUGAAGGGAGCCGGCACGGAUGAGGGCUGCCUGAUUGAGAUCCUGGCCUCCCGGUCCGCUGAGGAGAUCCAUACAGCUAAUUAUUCUCUCUUGCUAGAAUAUGGACGGAGCCUUGAGGAUGACAUUUGCUCUGACACAUCGUUCAUGUUCCAGCGAGUGCUUGUAUCUCUGUCAGCUGGUGGCAGGGAUGAAGGAAAUUAUCUGGAUGAUAAUCUCAUGAAACAAGAUGCCCAGGACCUGUACGAGGCUGGAGAGAAGAAAUGGGGGACAGAUGAGACGAAAUUUCUAACUGUUCUCUGUUCCCGGAAUCGAAAUCAUCUGUUGCAUGUGUUUGAUGAAUACAAAAGGAUAUCACAGAAGGACAUUGAACAGAGUAUUAAAUCUGAAACAUCUGGUAGCUUUGAAGAUGCUUUGCUGGCUAUAGUCAAGUGCAUGAGGAACAAACCUGCAUAUUUUGCUGAAAGGCUUUAUAAGUCUAUGAAGGGCUUGGGCACCGAUGAUGACACCCUUAUCAGAGUGAUGGUUUCUCGAGCAGAGAUUGAUAUGCUGGACAUCCGGGCCAAUUUCAAGAGGCUCUAUGGAAAGUCUCUGUACUCCUUCAUCAAGGAUGACACAUCCGGAGAUUACAGGAAGGUGCUGCUAAUUCUCUGUGGAGGAGAUGAUUAAACUAAAAUCCAUGAAGGAUGGGAGGAUCCCCAAAGCUUUGAAUUUUUUUUUAACUUCAUUUUUCUACACUGCUAUUAGCGUUAUCUCAGAAUGCUUAUUUCCAAUUAAAACGCCUACAGUUGCCUCCUAGGAUCUAGACUGUCUGUAUUAUUAUUCAUCUAUAAUUAGUCGUUUUGAUGCUUUAAAGCUGUACUUGCAUUUCAAAGCUUAUAAAACCUGAAAGGAAAUUUAAAAUUAUAAAUAAAAAUGUACUCCAUGCUUCUACUAAAUUUCUUCCUUGGUUGUGUUUCAGAGAAAUUGGAAUAUAUUGAAUCAUUUCACGUUUUCUGUUUGGUGAAGAGUUGUUAAAAAACUGAAGGACUAGAAGCCUUUUCUAAAAUCAUCUUUCUUCCCUAAUCCUAUUUUUUGUGUGCUAAUAACUUCUUGAUUUGAAAUUGUGAGCAGUUAGUAAGAAUAGCCAUCUAGUUUGCUAUUUUACAGACAUAGACUGAAAUCAUCCACAAAUGCCCUUCGUUUAGGUUUCGUCUAUAGACGUCUAUUAGUUAACUUACUAAGCUUGGCGUGGGAGACUUCUCCCAAUCACCUGUUAAGAUCACUUACUCUCUCCAGGUUGGCGUAUACCAAAAUCACCAACUUGUCUGAACAAAUUAAAUUCUAAAUGUGGUUGUGUAUGUCUGUUUACCAAACGCGACCGUUGAACAUUCCACAGUAUUAUGUCUAAUGUCUUAAUCCAGCUUGAAGACCAGUGGAAAAAAAUUAAGUGUCAUACUACGUAUUCUGGUAAUGGUAUAAUGCUUUGAAUUUAGUUUGACUUAAAAAAAACUUUUUGUGCUAAAAAUAACUUUUGGAGUCUUUUUCUAUUUCAGUGAUUUUUAGUAAUUUGCGUUUGCAUUGUGCCUUCAACUCUAGAAUCAUUCUGAAGGUGUAUUUGGAUUUAAUUCAAAAGUUCAGUUUGUAUACAACAUGGAAAAAUAAUUUUAAUAAAACAUGGUGUCUUUAAAAUGA